AUGACCCCCAAAUUGAUUUUCCUAGUGGGUGCCCCACUGCCCGGCAGUUUGGAUUGGGAUCAUGAUGAGCUUUUCAACACCCCCGUGGCCCCAUUCUAUGAUGCCGAUACCAACACCGAGCACCAGCCAUAUCGGGGCCAAGAUUCUAUAAAAUGGAGAGUCCUUCAGCCUUUGUCGCCGGAAAUUGUGGAUGACCACCAUGCCUUCUAUUGGGGACCAAAAGACCCAAGCUUUGUAACAUCCCACCAGCUCAUCAAUGCUGAUAGUUUCGCAAGUGAUGGGGAUGAUACGACUUUGUCUCAGUUCUACGAUCAAUCAUUCGCCUUUCAUGAGGCCUCAAAUCCAUCUGCAUCAGAAAUACCAGAGGACCUGACACAGGAGUUGGACAGCAUCGAAACCGCCGAUUCAACAAGCAAAGGAUUAUAUGAAUUACCACCUUUUCGAAUCAAUGGCCCAUUGAGAGAUCUGCAAGAUAUCCCCACGGCAGAACACCUGCAGUCCAUUGUCCCACAAACCAUGUCAGUCAAUCUGGUGGUCGGAGUCAUUACAGUCCAAUCACCUCGGCGCGUGGUAACACGGCAAUGGAAGAAAGAACUCGAUAUAAUUGAACUAGUGGUGGGUGACGAGACAAAGGCCGGGUUUGGCGUGAACUUUUGGUUGCCAGCGUCAAAACCAACAGCCGAAGCCGAAGAAAUGGAUAGGCUUGGUCGAGUCCUGGCCACCCUUCGCGCUCAAGACAUUGUGCUUUUGCGUACGGUUGGGCUUGGCUCGUUCCGGGACCAGGUCUAUGGACAAAGCCUCCGUGGUGGAAUGACCCAAGUCGACCUUUUGCAUCGACCAACGACGGAUGCGGGAGGGCUUAACAAGGUUCUGCCAACAAGCGUCCAGGGCGAUCUGCCGCAGAAGGUUCACAAGGUACGGGAAUGGAUCCUCCAAUUUGUGGGGACGGAUGGAGUAGGCGGUACUAGCCUGCCAGGGAUGUCCACGACAGAACGUGGCCAUCGGUUGCCUCCGGACACACAGUAG